UGUUGAUGACAUAAACCAUGGCCCCCGCUAAAAAGGUCAAACAGCAAAGUUCCGUGGAAUCGGCUGGGAAGCAGGGAGAUAUUCCUGCUGUUUUUGAGCCGAUCUCCUCGUUUUUUGAGAAGAAAGUACGAAAUUUGGAGAAGCGAAAGUCGAAGCUUGAAAGUUACAGAGCACUUCAAAAGGAGGGUAAAUUAACGGAUGCUGGACAGAAACAAGCAGUUGAAAAAUAUGACGAAGUGAAUGCGACUCUCUUCUUUGCGUCCACAAUCAUGCAGGAACUUCUACCGGUGCUUCUUGAAAUAUCAAAUGGAAUUGAGAAGAGAGCGGUAGACCGCGAAAAGGAAAAGGAGAGACUAACGAGAUCCACGAUUCGUUCUGUUCUUGACAUUCAGGAUCUCUAUGAGCAACUUGGCGAUGAUAAAGUCAGGGCUAACUUCGCCAGUGGAACUGAUAAUGCUCUCUUAUUGACUGAGGAUCAAUUAGCCACCAUUGACUCCUUGUACAUGACGUCUAAGCCUUCUCGAUACGAUUCGGAGGGAAACUUGAAGUCGAAGGGAGAAUACAAGAGAAACUUGGAUGAGUGCGUUGGCUCUUGGCAUAAGUUGCUGCAGAAAAGUGAAUGCAAAGACAAGCCUGGCGAGGUGAAAUCAACGGACAUGAAAUCUUUGUUUGAUUCAAUUGGGUCAUGUGACUUCUUCGAUUCGUCCAAGAAGAAAGUGCAAGAGGUGAUGCCGGCGGAGGUCAACAACAAUCACGAGCCGGUUACUGUACCUGAGCCACAAGUGUUGGAAACUCAUCAUGAAAAGCCACCUGCUGAGCCCACUGCUGAAAACCAUGACGUGAAAUCGACCCAGGCUGACAUCCUGGGAAGCUUGCAGGGGAGAGUUGUGAACUUUGUCCAAGACGACUUCGGACAUUUGCAAAAUACGCUGCCUGUUGUGACCCCGAGCCUUCCCAACUCUAGCGAGGUUACCUUCAAUGGCGGAUAUCAGGACACUUAUUCCGAUCUCUCCGCAAACAUGCAGACGAUGAAUUUGGAUAGCAACGUGCCGCAUACUUUUAACCAUUUUAAUGGAAAUGUAAUCAAUGAUGAGCCGCCAAAGAGUUCGCUGCCUCCUUCAAUGACCAACAAUGCAACUAUGUUUUCAUCAAGUGCUGCUCCCCAAGGAACCUUCCCCGCGGCGGAGAGUUGGGCUGAUGAAGCGUCUGAGAUGUUUGACAAAAACAUGGGAUCAUCUGGGGGUGACAACAAUUUCACUGAAGUGAAACAAAGAGGAGGCAUGAACAACAGGUAUCAAGGGAGGAAUGAUUUCGGUGGACGCGGCGGUGGAGGUGGCGGUGGCUAUCGAAACGAGUAUUCACGAGGAAUGAACAGAGGUGGACGUGGAUUUGAAGCUAGAGGAUACGGGAAUCGGCCCUAUCGAAACGAAUUCAGAGACGAUCAGAAUCAAGGAGGCAAUCGACAAGAAGGCGGCAAUUACUCACGAGGAGGCGGGGGCGGAAGAGGCUUCGGAGGAGGCGGCGGUGGCAAAGAGUUCUCUAGAUCUGGUGGUCCUGGCAACCGUGGUCCCGGAGAUCGAAGACCUAGAGGAGGUUAUGACAACAGACCCCCUCCUCAGAUGUUCACAAGUGCUAAUGCGGCAAAAUAGAAGUCAAUGGUAGCUGAGGAGAAUGAGAAUCUGAUACAUCACUUAUCACUAUAUUGCAAACUUCUUAUGGCCUAAUUUUAUCUUCCUGAUUUUUGUCUUUGAACUUUUACGCUCAGCUUUGUUUUUGAAGCGGGGAGCGUUGAAAUAUUUUGGUUUCCUCUGAUUAAUUCAUCAAGUCAAUAACAAGUCUGAGACUUCUGUGUCGUUUACGUUGAAUGGAAUCGUUUUCGAAGAGUUCAGAUAAAUUGAUGCUUAAUGCUCAACAAGCUGAUUUCAUUUGGAUUAACAUUAAUGUUGAAGUUAUCCAUA